AUGCCAGGCCCCAAAGCGCACAAAAAGUCCAAGUCGGGCGCUAAACGCAAGCCGCAGACAGAGGCCAGCACUCAACACGCCAACGACCUGUGCAUCGACGUCGACGAUGUGCUCGGCUGGAACGCUCUUGUUGAUCUGUUGUGCGAGAGGCUCGAACUUCCCGAUCUGAGCACGCGCAGCGGGCUGAAGCGCGUUCAUGCUGAUUUCGACAAGAUCUCGGAGCGGCUGGAGGAUGUGUACAAGGCGAAUGCGGCUAAUGAGCGUAUUCUGGGGGGGAUCAUUAGUAUCUACACGCUCAUGUGUGCUGAUUCGAUUCUGAGGAAUAAGUUGUUCCAUCAAGGCCUGCUCGCAAAGCUGAUGCCCCUGAUCAGCAAAGCCCAGUCCGCCGACUGCCGCCGCCUCGCCAUCCGCGCGCUCACAACCAUCACACACCACAGCGGCGCGGAGAUCCACUCGGAGAUCCUGCUCGAGGCGCCCGCGCUCAUCAAGGUCCUGCAGGAGCACACCGACGACCUCGUCGUCGCCGAAAACGGCAUCGCGACGCUCGCGCACGCCGCAGGGUCCAUCAUGAACGACAUCACCACCUACGGCGAGAGCGGGCCGCCCGCCAAGUACAUCCGCGCGCUGAGGGCGCCGGAGCUGCUGCGCGUCGUCGUGGACGCGGUGCGCCGCCCGGGCGCGACGUACCAGCUCAUCGCGCACGCGACGGAGCUGCUGCAGUGCCUCACGCUGCGGUGCCACCGGGAGUGCCGGGCGUGCGAGCCGGCGGUCGCGCUGGUCGUUGCGAAUCUGCGGAGCAGCGACAUGUUCGUGCGGUGUUGCGCGCUCGGCGGGCUGCUGCGCCUCGAGGCGCUGUCGGCGGAGCAGGACCAGCGGGUGAGCGAUCCGGCGAAGCUGAUGGCGGGCGUGCGGCGCGGGUUCCCGGAGCACGUGUCGGACGCGAUGGUGGCGUAUGGGCCGCAGCGGUGCGAGGUGACGGGGAUGAUGCAGUGCGCGGCGGUGUAUCAGCGCGCGAUGGUGGAGUAUGCGGGGGCGCGGGAGCGCGAUCUGCAUACGCUGGGGGCGACGCUCGCGGAUCUGGUGCUGCGGAACGAGUUCUCGAUCGCGGAGGGCGCGUUCGGGACGGAGGACCUGCGCACGGGGCGGCAGACGAUGGACGAGGAUCUCGGGCUGGGGUUCACGCGGUGGGUGGACGCGCUGCCGCUGUGUGCGGGGGCGCUGCGCGUGGGGAAGCAUCCGGAGAGGGCGGAUAUGGCGGAUAUUCUGCAGAUGAAGUUUUAUGUGAUUCGGCAGCGGGUGAUGGAUGCGGUGAGGCUCGCGGAGGAGAGGAUCGAGAAGGGCGGGAGGACGCAUCCGUAUUUCUUUUAUGUGAUGACGCUGGGCACGGAUCUAACCAAGGGUCUGCGCUGCGCGAAGAAGGCGCUCAGGAUGGGCGAUGGCAUGACGCCCUUUGUGCGCUUCGCGCUGAUGCACCGCGCGGUGGAGAUGGCGGCGCAUCUGGGCGUGGAGCGCGUGCUGGACUCGGUGGUGGGCAACCGCGCAUGGGAGGAGGGGAUCGCGUUCCUGACGAGCGCGCUCGACGAUGCCAAGGCGUACGUCGCGCAGGCGCCGCCGGACGCGCGGCACAUGAAGAACGUGGUGUAUUGGUAUGUGUGCUUGAUGAUCGCGGUCAAGGGCCCGGAUUUGGCGCUGAAUCUGAAUGAGCUGGAGGUGCGUGGUUGUCCCCUCGUUGAGGGUUGUGUGCCGGCGCUGCAGCGUCUCAGGAUUGCUGAGGAGAUCGGGACGAUCACGGGCACGCCGCCGCCCAAGACGCAGCUGCGGCUGACGAUGCAGAAUAUUCUCAGGUUGUACGCGCCCGCGCACAAGGAGUGGGGCAAGGUCGUGCGGCGGUGCGAUGCGCUCAGCGAGGACGUCGCCGCCGAAGAGGCGCGUGCGCCCCUUGAUGAGGAAAAGGCGUCGGGCGAUUUUGCGGCGUGGCUCGGCGAGCUGAAGCUCAACGGCGACGGCAGCGAUGGAGAUGGAGAUGGGGAUGGGAGCGGCGUCGACGGGCACUCGGAUAGGUUCGGCGCGUAUGGGGGUGGUGGGUGUAGGCCGAGGCCGCAUGCGCAUCCCAAGGUCGCGCCGAAUAGGGUGGCGUUGUAUCGGUGCUCGUGGUGCGGGAAUCCGAGCGCGGUGCUGAGAAAGUGCAGCGGGUGCGAGAAGGCGAGGUACUGCGAUCAGAAGUGCCAGGGGCUGCACUGGUCGUCGCAUAAGGGGGCGUGCAAGACGUGAGAUAAGGGUACGUUGUUAGAGUCCGAGACAUUCGGGCUUGAUGAUAGCACUUUGCGACGCCUGUGGUUCUUGACUUUGUUGUAGCUUCCUAUCUCACACCACGACGUUGGGUGUGAGUAGGGAGACGGUAUGUCCUUGGAGUUGUACAUUGGAAGACAUUGCCAUAUGUGUCAGUGCCCCUGUUCCUUCGAGUUGCGAGGAACGUGGACAGUCUGAUGCUUCAUUGUCGCGCUUGUCGUUGUGUUCUAUUAUGUACUUCUGAUAUUGCUGUGUGUAAUGCGAACAACUCGUGUACUUAUCUAAUGCCAUGUUUUUG